UCUGGACUAGUUUUGACUCCAUUCUCGAUUAUUAAGAUCAGAAGAAGAGCCUGCACAGAGGGAUUGCUCUUGAGCUUGCUUUGACCAAACUGCACAGCAGAGGUUUGAUGGCCAACGUCAAAUUAAGGAUCAUCGUCGCUACGUUGAUCAUCUUCCUGCUGUCCCUGCUUCUUAUACUUUGGCUUGUCCUACGACGCUCCCACGCCUUCUUCCUCACCGGUAGCCUCGACGCCGUUUUCAUCUUCGCUAUCCUCGUGUGGUCCGUCGUCCGCCAUGCUUUGCUGGGCCCGCCAAUCAGAUGCAUCGAAGUGGCCGUGGCUGCUCUCGCGUUGGUUGUUCUCCUCACGGUCGUCGUGCUGUCCUGUUUGCGCCGGUGCUCCGCAACCUUCUACGUGACCGCCUCUUUGGAUGCUGCUGUGGCUGUCGCGUUCAUCUCGUGGGUGGUUGCCCGCAGAGUGAAAGCUCUGAGAAGGAAACGUGGGGAACCCGAGCAGGUGGAGUCGGAGGAAGAAGAGGCGCCCCUGGCAUACACCUUCUACAGAGAAGUGAUUGGAUUGCCCAGAAGAUUCCGCUACGAGGAGCUCAAGGCAGCGACUGAGGACUUCCGAACCCCCAUAGGAAGAGGUGGCUCUGGUUCCGUCUUCAAGGGCUUCCUCGGCGACGACCUGCCGAUCGCCGUGAAGCGAAUCGAGGGAGAAGUCCGAGGAGAGAAGGAGUUCCGCACCGAGAUCACAGCCAUCUUGAGCGUGCAGCACAUCAACCUUGUCCGAAUCAUCGGAUACUGCCUCCUCGCAAAGAGCUACCGCUUCCUGGUCUACGAGUUCUAUGAGAACGGAUCGCUCGAUGGCUGGAUCUUUCCAAGGAGCGGACGAGAACGGUGUCUGGCAUGGGCCUUGAGGUACCAGGUGGCGAUGGACGUCGCCAAGGCGCUCGCCUACCUUCAUCACGACUGCCGCGUAAGAAUCCUACACCUCGACGUCAAGCCAGAGAACAUUCUCUUGGACCAGAGCUUCCGCGCACACGUCUCCGACUUCGGCAUAUCGAGAUUGGUGCAGGGAGACGAGAGCAAGGUCAUCACCACUCUGAGAGGCACGAGAGGCUACUUGGCCCCCGAGUGGUUCCUGGGCAUAGGAAUAUCCGACAAGUCCGACGUCUACAGCUACGGGAUGGUGCUGUUGGAGCUUGUGGGUGGGCGGAGGAACGCGAGAGCUAGCGAUCAUGGCAACUUUUCGGAGCCGAGAUGGUCCUACUUCCCCAAGAACGCGAGCGAGAAAAUGAGAGAAGGGAAGCUGAUGGAGGCCGUGGACGAGAGGAUGCUCGGAGAAGGUGGGGGUGUCAAGGAAGAGGAGCUCAUCAAGCUCGUCAACAUAGCCCUCUGGUGUAUCCAGGAGAAACCCGAGCUCAGGCCCAGCAUGGCCCUUGUGGUCAACAUGCUCGAGGGGCACGUCGCAGUGAGCAUGCCACCGGAGACUAAGAUGUUCAUGGUGGACCUCACAUCACCCAAUGACUUAGAGGCUCCCUCCGGUCCCGGCGUAGCUCAGUGUAGCACUUCUGGGGAAGCCACAGAGCACAUUACGACUGCUUCAACUCGUUAAGCAUACAGUAUUCUUUUCCUUAAUUAAUAAUACUUGCAGCAUGUGUUGUUUGUAUCAAAACAUUGAUCGGUUUAAUAGAAGGUUUGGUUUUGUUUGGCC